AUGGAAGAAAAGAAGGAGACAAUUAGGUCUUGUAGUGUUUGCAAGACCACCAAGACACCAAUGUGGAGAGGUGGACCAGCUGGUCCCAAGUCACUUUGCAAUGCAUGUGGGAUCAGACUCAGGAAACAGAGACGAUCAGAAUUAUUGGGUAUUCGUAUUAUUCACAGCCACAAAGCCUUCAAGAAGAUAAACCCAUCACCACCAUCAACAUCAUCAUCAUCAUCAAUAUCAACAUCAUCAGUAGCAUCAUCACAUGUUUGCGUGGCUUUGAAGAAACGUCGACGGAAUCUAAAGGAGGAAGAACAAGCUGCUUUGUGUCUACUGUUACUGUCCUGUAGCUCUGUUUUUGCCUAA